GUCAGUUUGUGCUGCGCGAGCACUAUGCUGGACUAAACAAAAGUUUCCUAUAAGAUUUUUAAAAGAAAAUGUGAAGUUUUUUUGUGGUUAAAAUGAUGUGUCCUAAUAGUCAUGUGAAGCCAAAGGUGUUUAGUUUAGUUGCUGUGUUAUUAGGUUUAUGUUUUGAAUCAAUCAAUGCUGUUAGUCUUCGAGCUUACAUCUCCCAGCAUGGUCUUCACGGAGAAAUAGAGUUUGUGAGAAACAAUGAAACCUCAUCCAUCAUCAGAACCAACUUACAACCAACCCUCCAGUACCCUGACCAGGUGUGGCGAUGGGCUCUUCACGAGUUCCCAGUAGACUACACUGACACUAGUGCCGAGAGAUGCUCAGAACAGUACUUGGGGAAAGAAGUAGUAGAUUUGACAGAAGAACUUGGUUACCUCAUCAUACCUGGAAAAGACCACGCUGAGUUUGAAAGUAACGUACCACUAACCGGAGUUGCAGGGUUCUGGGGUAAGAGUAUAGUGCUGAAAACAGCUGAACAUGAUAGAGUUAUUUGCGCGUCCAUAUUCUCGAUUGGAGAUAAAUAUGAGAAACAUGCUGAAGCUAAAUUUACUGCUCCAGUCGCGGGGAUUAUCAAUAUGAGAUGGUUAAAAUCCAAGGAGGAAAACAUAAUUGAUGGCUACAUACAUACUGAUCUCUACCAUACUAAAGAAGUUACUGACAAAGGAGAGUUUACUCAGCAUAGAUGGAAGAUUUUCGUAACAGACGUAUUCGAUCCUAAAAAAGAGAACCACGAAGAUAAUUGCAAUGCCUUGCAGUUGAUUUUAGAUCCCGGGAAUAAGAAAGAUAGUAUUGGUGUAGGUGAUCUAGAUGGGCACUUUGGUCUAGUGAAAAUAGCUACAGAUGGUAACAAAAAGAAAUUUAAAGAGAUAUAUAAAAAUGAUGUUUUAAAUACUUUAAGAGAUGAUAUAGAUGGGACUCAGAGACGUUUGUACGUUGUGCUGUAUGAACUCAGGGGAGAAGAUAGUUUUCUGGGAUGUGCACAGUUGAGGACCAUUGAACCUAGAAGUACCAAAGCAAUCAUAAACAUGGACGGCAUAAAAGGUGAAGUGGAGUUCACGCAGCGGUCUCCCUUCGACAUCACAUGGGCACUCUUCACUCUCGGGGCCUCCAACGGAGAUUACGAGGCGAACCUUCGCUUCGUGGGGUCCAUGACGAAGUACCUGGUGAAGGAACUCCCUCCGAAGCUGCUUCAUGCGAGUCAGAUCGACCACAUCUGUAAUACCACUGGAGCGGUUUAUAAUCCCACGGGAAUUGAGGAGAAAGAUGUGCCGCCGGCUGGCCUAGGCACGCAAGACCAGUACCCUGUGGGAGACCUGCUUGGCAAGUACAAGCAGAGGACCGAGUACCUCAACCACAAGUACCUGCUGCCGGGGCUGGCCAAUGAGCUGAGUGGGGCCUACUGGGACGUGUUCCUGCCGCUGCAUGGGAGACAUAGUGUGGUGCAUCGCAGUGUUGUGCUGGAGAGACAGCCUCCUCGGCGUGAUAUCUGCGCGUCGAUCCUGCCGUACCGCUUCAACUCCACGGCGCAGAUGCCGCUGGCCAGCGCGGAGGUCAUCUUCAGGUACCCGCUGGUGGGCCGCAUCGUGUUCCGCCAGCCGGCUGAGCAGCCCUGGGAGGACACCACCAUCAUUGUGGAGAGCUUGAUUCAUGCGGACGGAGCCAACAUAAACAACACGUUUGAGCAUCGCUGGGCUAUACAUGAAAACGCUCCGGGAAAGGAUUACUACAACUGGACUGCAAGAUGCCUGAGCGCUGGUAAGGUCUACGAGCCUUACGGCAUCGCCAUCGAUGCUCGCCACCCCGAAGACUACUGCAGGCGCGGGCUGGAGGGGCUGUGCCGUCGAGGAGACUUCACCACCAGGCACGGAAACCUGGCAGUGGCGGGCCGCAAGAUCUUCAGCCUGCAGCUGACGCGGCGCCUGUUCACUGACUCCAUCAUCGCUCUGUCAGGGAAGCACUCCAUCAUGAGGAAGUCGCUGGUGAUAUAUGAUGACCACGGCCCCGUGGCAAGGGGCGAGAGGAUGGCUUGUUCUAUCAUAAACGGCCACCACCGGCGCAAGGCCGUGGUCCGAGACUGGUUCGGCAACGGGGAGACGGUCACUCUGAAGGGGAAGGUGGAGAUGAUCCAGCAGUCGGAGUACGACCCCACGAAUGUGGAGGUGCAGAUCAAGGGGCUGGAGGAGGAUGUGAGGAACUAUAAGAUUCAUGUGGCCCCAGUUGAGAAGGAUCUGGAGUUUCCUUGCGAGAGGACCACUUUGUAUGACACCUACAACCCCUUCAAUGUCAGCAAGUCGAUGAGUCCUCCCGCCACUAAAGGAACAGCCGACCAGUACGAGCUCGGCGACCUCGGGGAGAAGUACGGGCUGCUCGAGGCACAGACCAGCCUCUCCACCUUCUACAACGACACGCAGAUGGCGCUGUUCGGGCCCUACAGCGUGCUGGGACGGUCCAUGGUCCUGCAUAAGAAGAGCAAAGGCCGCCGCUGGGCGUGCUCCAGCAUAGAGCGGGGGUACAGUCCCUCCGAAGCCCGGGAGAUCCGGGCCAUCGCGUCGUUCCACCACCCGGGCGGGUUCGCGUGGGGGUUCAUCCGGAUGACGCAGCUCAUACACAACGACGGCAGCGCCAGUGAUACGAUCAUUGAGGUCAAUUUGAGGCAUCCGGGGGUCAGGGAUCGGAACUUUACCCGCAACCACAACUGGCAGAUCUUCGUGAACCCGGUGGGCGUGGACGCGGCGGUGCAGGUGACGGGCACGCGCUGCGUCGCCGGCGGGUACCGCUGGAACCCCUACUUCACGCAGCUGGCUGACCCACUCAAUCAUGACUUGUACAACCAAGAGUGCGGCGCGGACAACCCGCUGAGAUGCGACGUCGGGGAUCUCACGGCCAGAUUAGGAACUAUCGACAUAGGCGGCGACCGGCAAGUGUUCGUGGACAGCAACUUCCCUCUAGAGGGCGCGGUGACCGCCGUGGGGCGUUCCAUCGUCAUCUUCGGGCCCGAGCGGAGCGGGGAGAGGUUUGCGUGCGCCAACCUGCUGCCGGAUAAUGAUAUUAUUAAGUACGCUAAUAUCAUGAAGCCGCCGAGAUUUGUUUUAGGGCAAUUCCUAGCGGAUAUCCGUCGCGUGAUGGGCGUCCCGCCCUGGAUGGUGGGCGUGGACGCGCGCCGCACGCGCACGCUGCAGGGCGGGGCGUGCGUGCAGCUGCUGCUGCACUUCAUGGGGCCUGACGCGGGGAAACUGGAGCUCGACUUUACCAGACUGCUGGCAUCAGGACGCCUGGACGAGCCCAGCGUGUUUGUGCCCGGGUUCAUCGACCAGAAGAGAAAGAGGAUGAUCUCCUACAGGAACUGCGGCGAAGGGAGAGACAACAACGAAAAGACGAAGAAUUUAGAAGGUCCUUUUUUGUUUUUUGGUCCGAAAUCCCUUUCUAAGUUCAAACGGCCGGCGCUGAAAUACCUCGAGCAAGAUGACCUAAUGAAGAUCUAUGGGGAGCAGGCUGCGAUCGUGGUGUUUAACAACCAGGACUCCAGGCCCCUGUCCAGCGGCUCGUUCCCUCGGCUCCGCAAGCUGCUAGAGGGUCAGACUACGCUGGUUCUGCCGCAAGACUUCCUGGAUGUGCAUCCUGACUAUAUCAGCAAUGAGACUCAGAUGCUAACCCUGCAAGGCCCGUGGUCCGAGCGCGACGCGCAGAUGACCGAAACCUUCGCGAGGCUCCAGGAUAUCUACGGCAGUGGACGCGUGCUCGGCAUUCUAGGCAACUCAGUCUCGCAGCCAGUGUCCUACUCAGGCGGCGAGUGGCGCGCGCGGCGCUCGGCCGACGAUGACGUGUCCACGACCACCGCCGAGCCCGAGUACAGCGCCGGAGGCAAGAAUAAAUAUGCUCUCUAUAAUGCUACGGGACCUCCGGGAAAGGGGGCUCUCCUCUUUUCCAGCGGGUGGCCGGAGCUUCGCUGGCCGGAUGGGUCCGCUACCGUCCUGGACACGCCUGUUGGGGAGCCCACCGUCAAGCCCACCCGCCUCUACACCAUCCUAGUCGUGAGGUUCGCUGAUGGGGACAACACUAGGGAUAAGAUCACCCUAGAGUUCAGCUUCAAGCAGUCGCAGGGCUGGUGGACGGCAGUGGGCGUGGAGGUGAAACGAGGGCUCGAGAGCACCGGGCUGAACCUACAGGCGCCGGCGCCUCCGCAAGCUCCGUCUGCGGUCUUAGGGCGCGCCUACCACUGCAGUCUGCCGCUUGUUUAUGCGAGCGAGGAGGCUAGCUUGACGCUGCCUGAUGUUAUGAUGCAGCCGUUCAUGGACAGCACGGAGAAGUUCGCGGACGCCUUCGACUGCAUCGGCUUCACCUCGGUUCCCAUCUGGUCCGGCCUCAUGGUGACCUUCCUCCUCAUCCUCAUGCUCUCCAUCUCCAUCUGCAUGAUCCUGGACAUCAAGACCAUGGACCGCUUCGAGAACAGCCGCGGGAAGCAACUCAGCAUCACCGUCAGCGAGUGAACGCCAUCUUAGGGCUCUAUAUCAUGACGAAGAACGAAGUUUCAGAGUGCUGGUGCACGAGCCACGACUCUAUCUCGUGUUAAACGUGCGAUUGUAGGGCAGCUCUCGUUCGUUCGUUUUUCGUCAGUAUAGAGUAACCCACCUGUAAGUCCAGUAUAGGUUUGACAGUUUGACGAAAACCAUAAAAGUUUACGCUUUCUCGCUAGCGGAAACUAUCAUGAAACUUUUGACAAAUAAUGUAUGCAGAUGACAGAAGAAGACGUAAACUUUUAUAGUUUUCAAUAAUUGCAAAACCUGUACUAGACUUACAGACACAUAAACACGACACGAUGAGGUGGUACUCUAUCCCUCUCUCAUAUUGGAGACCUGCGAGUGGGAAAGAGAUGUGUUGACGACGCGACGUCGUAUCGUGUUUAUGUGUGGUAGCCCUUUGCCCCAAUCCACAUAGCAGAACCACGACUCUAGAGCCUUAUUUCUCUGGUCAUAGUCUCAACAUGGAAGUUGUUGAGCCUGACUGACCGGACUAGUUACUGGGGUUUGGUAGUCGCCAGAGGAUUAGGGUGAAAAUGAUGUUGUUGUUUUGUUGGGUGGGUUGGGGCUGCAAAAACUUCUAAUUGUAAUUUGUUGUGAGGCUGACGUACCCUAACAUCUUCGUCUUCCCCUCCGGUAAGGGAGGGAAAAACUUGUAUACAUAAUGAAUUACAAUUGUAAGUUACAUUAAAUGAUCUUAGGUAAAGGAUCUUAAUCUUGUCAUAAUAAUUGUCAUCGAAGACUCUUUACCUAAGAUUGUUAACUUUAUUAGCAAUCACCUGAAACACUGGAGCGGUUUCGCGUCUCCUCUCUCAUUUGACAGAAAAAAGGAUAAUAAAUAUCUGUCCUUAAACCAAUCCAAGUUUGAGGCGAUUGUAGACUAAAGUGUGUCUGUGUUAGUUGCCGCACCCAUCAUUGACGUGACCCCCGCCGGUGCUGGGUGCUUAGAACAUUUUGUAUUUUUUAUAUAAAAAAACUUGCAGUUAGUCAACAUUUAUGCAACAUUUAUUGACAUCAAACAUCAUACCUUAGAAGUUUAUAAAAGAUACGUGAUUAUAAUAAUAUCUAAUAUCUAAGUACCUAUUUAUCUUGCGGCUCCCAAUCUCACUUCGUUUUCUUUUAAAACGGUUGCAUUGAGAGCCGCUGCGUUGCCUCCAGAGAAAUGACUUUUCCCUUGAUUUCGUCGUUUCUCUGAAGGCGACCCUUCCAUACCCAGAAAUAGCCGUAAGGAUUGAUUGGUCGUUUUGGACCUUACACCAAAACUAAAACGAUCAUUCAAUAAGAAUGUAAAUGGCUUACUUGCUCAGUGCUUUAGUUCUUCUUCAGACAAAGUUACUAGUCUACUCUGGAGGAGAACUAAAGCGGAUAGCUCGUUGGUUAUUUAAUUCUAAAGAUUAAGCUUUUCCCCUACAAUUUUUAAUUAUUUUAUUACAAUGUUUAAAUAAUUUAAUGUAAAUAGUGUAAAUUAGCUUGUAAAUAUGCAUAGAUAAUGGAUAAUGGAUAAUGUUUAACCAAACGGGAGACCAACCCCGAUUACCACCGACAACGGUCCAAAUUUCACUUGAUUUAGAACCAUCAGGAUCUGUGCCCAAGUGAAAAUUGGACCUAAAAGCGUUAUUAUAAGCUACACAUUAGGCGUUUUGAAGCAAGUGAAGCUUCAAAAAUCUAAUAUGUACACUCUAUAACUGCUUUUGCCCAGCCAUCCCUAUCGGUUGGAAGAGAGCUAUAAUCCCGGACUUACACACACGGAUUGAUCUGAUCAGGCGACCGACGUGCUUGAGAGUUCUACUGUAUAUACAAACAUCUAUUAUGUGAACUCCACCGUCGAAUUCGUCAAGAAUAAAAAUUAAUACCAAAA